AUGGAAGAGCUAUCCUUGACAGGAAAACCAGAUUGUUCUCCUCAACCUGGGAAAACAGACAAACAAUGGGGGUUAAUUCCGAAAGGUGCCGGACCAUCGUAUUCCUCUUAUCCUGAGGAACCUCAGACUGUGAGCGACGGUGCCGUCCUUCCAACAGAGAAAAGGUUUCCCUGUACUGAGUGCUGGAAGCGUUUCCCUUCUAAAUCCAGUCUUAAUAUUCAUAAAAGAACUCACACAGGCGAAAAGCCAUUUACCUGUCCUGAGUGCUGGACUUGUUUUUCAAGGAAGUCACAUCUUUACAGACAUCAGAGAUUGCACAUGGAGGAGAAGCCGUAUUCCUGUUCUGAGUGCAGGAAAUGCUUUGUACAAAAAUCUGAUCUUGUCGCACAUCAAUGGUUUCACACUAGCGAAAAGCCGUAUUCCUGUUCUGAGUGCGGGAAAUGUUUUUCAAAGAAGUACAAUCUCUCCAUACAUCAGCGAUCUCACACAGGUGAGAAGCCAUAUUCCUGUACUGAGUGUAAGACAUUUUUUUCACAGAAGACCAGUCUUAUCAUACAUCAGAGAUCUCACACUGGCGAGAAGCCUUAUUCCUGUUCUGAGUGUGGCAAAUGUUUUGCAAAAGCUUCAAGUCUUGUCACACAUAAGAGAUCUCACACAGGGGAAAGGCCAUAUUCCUGUUUUGAGUGUGGAAAAUGUUUUUCAGUUAAGUCACAUCUUUACAGACAUCAGAGAUUGCAUACAGGGAAAAAGGAGUAUUCCUGUCUUGAGUGCGGGAAAUGUUUUUCAGUGAAGUCAAAUCUGUACACUCAUCAGAGAUCUCACACAGGGGAGAAGCCGUGGGUAGUUUAUAUGAUCAUGUGCCCCUGCCAAAAGAUACAUAUGUUGGCAAAAAACAAAAGGGAGCUCAGAAAGCGGAUUGGAGAACAUGAUUCUAGUAUUGUGACUGAAGGUGAUGAGACCCCUUUUGCUGAACAUUUCAAAAGAUACCAUGGAUCCUCAGUGAUGGAGCUGGAGUUCCAUGGCAUCUACCAACUGAAAAUUUCCAAUAAUCAAACAACUUCCAUUUUGUCUAAGAAGGAAUCAAAGUCUAAUUCUUCGUUUGAAGAAGAUGAUCCGGAGUUACCACUAUUGCUUAAAAGAACUUCAUCCUGUGGAGGUAUUUCAGGUCGUAAUCCCUUCAUGCGAACUGCUACAUCAUAG